AUGGGAAUGCGAUUUAUAAAAGGAAGGUCUCGCAAUAUUAUGGCAGAAACGACGGCAAAUGUUGCGUUCAGGGCGCAAUAUUUGAGAAAAAAAGUUUUAAACCUGAACAGACGCAAUUUUCCAGUGCGCCCCGAGGUUUAUCUCGACGAGACUUUUUGUAACCUGCACCAUGUCGCCAAUUUAUCGUGGGUUGAUGAGGACAAGCUGCGGUAUACGAAGAGUGGUCGAGGUCCACGGUUUUGCAUUAUAGCCGCUGAGGUGUGGCAAUCCAACUUAAAACGUAAGAACGAUGACGAUUAUCAUGGCAACUUCAACAUCGAGCAGUUUAAGAAGUGGUUCACGAAUCUGAGUGCUAUUUUGGCGUCCAAGUAUGGGCCAUGUAACAUACACAUGGAUGGGGCCAGCUAUCACAAACGCCAAACGAACCCCACUCCACAAUCCAGCAUCAGAUAUGCCUGA